GCCCUUUUUCCAGCCAGCAACACGCAAGCCGCGUGGGUUUGGAGACUUCCGGAACGACCGGACUCCUCAAAGCCACCACGGCCCACCCUCUUCCCUCUCUACUCUCAAUGACGAUCCGGCUCCACAUGUGCCCGGGGCCCUCUGUCAGUCACACUCGCGCGUCCUCACUCGGCUUCUUCCCCAGCCAAGUGCCCAACCCCGCACCCGUCGUCCUCCUCCCAUCUCGCCGCGCCAUGGCUCUCCACCGCCAUCUCCCCCUCCUCCUCGCCGCCGUCCUAGCGCUCCGCCUCGCCGCUGGGGUGGUCUCCGCGGCGUCGAGCCCCGCUGCGGGCGCCUUCGACCCCUCCCGCGUGGUCCAGCUCUCUUGGCGCCCCAGGGCGUUCCUGCACAAGGGGUUCCUCUCGGACGCGGAGUGCGACCACCUGAUCGUGCUGGCCAAGGACAAGCUGGAGAAGUCGAUGGUGGCGGACAACGAGUCCGGGAAGAGCGUCCAGAGCGAGGUGCGCACCAGCUCCGGCAUGUUCCUCGAGAAGAAGCAGGACGAAGUAGUAACGAGAAUAGAGGAAAGGAUAUCUGCUUGGACAUUUCUUCCACCGGAGAAUGGUGAAUCCAUUCAAAUAUUACACUACCAGAAUGGUGAGAAGUAUGAGCCACACUAUGACUACUUCCAUGACAAAAAUAAUCAAGCCCUUGGGGGCCAUCGCAUUGCCACUGUGCUCAUGUACCUAUCUAAUGUUGAGAAGGGUGGAGAGACCAUCUUCCCCAAUGCAGAGGUAAUUUCUUGUCCUUUAUUGUUUUACUAUCUUAAGAACUUCCCUUGCAAUAACUCAGAUAUUCCACAGGGGAAGAUAACACAACACAAGGAUGAGACGUCGUCUGAGUGUGCGAGAAAUGGAUAUGCAGUUAAACCUGUAAAGGGUGAUGCCCUGCUGUUCUUCAGUCUCCACCCUGAUGGAACAACAGACCCUGACAGCUUACACGGGAGCUGCCCCGUUAUCGAAGGCCAGAAGUGGUCUGCCACUAAAUGGAUCCAUGUGAGGUCGUUUGACCUCCCUCUCAAGCAGGUGGGUUCAUCUGACGGAUGCGAGGAUGACAACGUCCUCUGUCCCCAGUGGGCAGCGGUGGGGGAGUGCGCCAAGAACCCUAACUACAUGGUGGGGACCAAGGAAGCACCUGGCUUCUGCAGGAAGAGUUGCAAAGUAUGCACAGAGUAAGCUAUCAAUCCACUGUCUGAUAGGUGACAUGGCAUGUUACAUAGUUGUUCCAUUCACAGGGUGUAUAAUAGUAAGAGCUACCUUAUCACCUAUAUAUGCCCGGAAAUUACAGCUUGAACUCUUUAUGUUCUGUUCAAACUUGCGGCCGAUUACCCUUUUUAGUUGAGCAAUCUAAUCAAUGACGACGGAGUGAGCAAUCGUGUUUCCUUCA